UAUAUGAAGCCUCCAAUCCAGAGAUCCAAAAACAUUGAUCUCAAUUAUCGGUCGACUCUCUUACCUUGAUAGCCGACGCCAUCUUGUCUAUAGUCCGCCAUGGGUGAUGAACAGUUCCAGAAGCGCCUCGAGUUGGUGAGAGAUGUCAUCAAAGGCUACGGCUUAGAGCCCUUGGACAUUGCCACCGUGGAGUACGAGGAGAAUUGCCCGUUCCAGUACAACAACUUUAUUUACAAGAUUACACUUUCGACCCCGGCAACCGCAUCCUCCAUUCCCAAUCCUAGCCCCUAUACCGUGGCCCCGCCACAGGAGGGUGUGUCCACCCUUAUCAUGCGCCUCGCAAACCCGAAGGCAGAGGGCAUUGUUCACGAAACCCGUGUCGAGAACGAGGUAGCCGCCAUGCACCUCGCCCGCCAGGGCCUGUUGUCUUCGGCCAAACCAGACACCGCGGCGCUCGUCCCGGCGUUGUAUGACUGGCAGUCUCCCAACAACUGCCCGUCCAGUUUUGGGUGGUCUUUGAUGGAGUUCAAAGAUGGUGUGCCGCUUGACGGAGUGUUUCGGGACAUGCCUAUCGAGGACAUGAAGGAGGUGCUGGGACAGAUUGCGGACAUAUUUACGGGGAUCCAAAAGUCUCCGCUACCGGAGAGCAUUUAUGGUCAUGGAGGCAUGACGAUCGAUGGAGAGGGGAACAUUGUGAGCGCUCAGAUGACCACGCUCAAAGGCGGGCCUUGGGAGUCAUACUCCGCUUUCUGGAAGGCAAGGCUGGCGCUCCGUAUGGAAGAUGCUGGCGUGAGCCCGGCUUUGGACGGUUGGAAACCGAAUGGCGUCCGGGAGCGCAUUGAUAAGUUUCUAGCCGUAGGUCUUGAAAAGUUCCUCGACGAAUCCGGCGUGGACGUUGGAAGGCGCAAUAUUAUCCACGGAGAUCUAACCACGAACAACAUGCUUUACGAUCCCAAGACAAAGAAGGUGACGUCAGUCCUCGACUUCGACUGGGCCUUUGUAUCACACCCCUGCCACGAAUUCUUCACUUCCCUUGGCGACAUAGGCGGAAACACCGGUGGCGGCACUGGGCGCGACCCGGACCUCAGCGGCGGUCAGCUAGGCAAAGCUAUAAUAACAGGCAACUUUGACAUUCCCGACGUCCCAGAAGAAGCCCUCAAGCAGUUGGCUAGGGACAAGGCGUGGGAUGACGCGCUGGCAGAAAGGGGGGCGUUGAGACCGAGUGAGAUUGAGGGUAUGUCUGCUCUGGACGAGCUGAGAAGGCUUGAAGGCUUGCUUUGUCCCUUUGCGCUAGAGCAUCCGGCCAUGUUAAAGAGAAAAACGCCAGAGGAGAUUGCGGAGAUGAGAAAAGCGGCGGAGGAGAAGUUGAUAGACUGUUUGUCUUCAUUCGGAUACUGAAGGAAGUUCGACAACCGGGUCUUUUGGUCGACCCAAUAAUCUCUCUAAAUACUCUAGCAUUGUGAGACCUAAGUCGGUGUAUUUAUGAUGAAUUUUCGAGUGCUUGGUCUUCAAGGAUUAUAUAAUCCUAGCGUGGGCGCUGAAAGUUUUGACCGAUUGUUUGGUGCUUAUAUCAUGAUGAAAUUGUAACCCCC